UAUUUGAAAAUGAAACAGAGAAAAAGGGUCAACGAUAAAUAAAUAUGAAUAAGAAGAAGAAUCAAACUCAAAGAAACUGUUACUACAAGAUUCCGAAUCUUCACUAAUUUCCAAUUCUUCUAUGCAUCGUGCCGGCGAUUUUUCUGUCGCGGCGUCAACGUCGUGACGCAACCAAAUUACUAUUAUUAGGUUUUCGAUUCUUUCUUCUAUGUUUAAAUAAAUAUCCAUAAACUGGAUCCAGAACUUGAAUUAAUGGCUUCUGUAAUCACUCAUCACGACGAAGAAACGCCAUUGGUUACCGCCGAUGAAUCACCGCUUCAACUUGAACCACACAAAAGCCACAGCAGAGAUGUUCAUAUUUUGAGUUUAGCGUUUUUAUUGAUCUUUCUUGCUUAUGGAGCUGCUCAAAAUUUACAGAGCACUCUCAACACUGAGGAGGAUUUGGGCACCACUUCGCUUGGGAUACUUUAUUUGUCGUUUACGUUUUUUUCUCUGUUUGCUUCUUUGGUGGUGCGGAUUCUUGGAUCCAAGAAUGCUUUGAUUAUUGGAACUUCUGGUUAUUUGCUAUAUGUGGCUGCGAAUUUGAAGCCUAAUUGGUAUACACUGGUUCCAGCUUCUGUGUAUCUUGGCUUUUGUGCUUCUAUAAUAUGGGUUGGACAGGGAACAUAUCUAACUUCCACUGCACGUAGUCAUGCUAUAGUUAACAAUUUACUCGAAGGUGAAGUAAUUGGUGACUUCAAUGGGGAAUUCUGGGGUGUGUAUGCACUUCAUCAGUUUAUUGGAAAUCUUAUUACAUUUGCUCUACUUAGUGAUGGGCAGGGAGGAGGUACCAAAGGCACAACUUUAUUGUUUAUUGUAUUCCUUUUCGUCAUGACCUUUGGUGCAAUACUAAUGUGCUUCCUGCAUAAACGGAGCGGUAAUAGUAAGGAAGGAUAUGAGCAUUCAGAAUCUGAUGCUGCUGAAUCAAAGUCCCUUAAGUCUCUAUGUAGUUCACUGACAAAUGCAUUGUCUGAUGUGAAGAUGUUGUUGAUCAUACCCCUUAUGGCAUAUUCAGGUCUACAACAAGCAUUUGUAUGGGCGGAAUUUACCAAGUACGUUGUAACUCCAGCAAUUGGUGUUUCCGGUGUUGGUAUUGCAAUGGCAGCAUAUGGAGCUUUUGAUGGAAUAUGUUCUCUGGCCGCUGGUCGUCUCACAUCCGGUCUCACAUCCAUUACAUCAAUAGUUUCUUUUGGAGCUUUUGCCCAAGCGGUUGUACUAAUAUUGCUCCUGCUAAAUUUCAGCAUAUCUAGUGGAUUUCUCGGUACUCUAUAUAUACUCUUUUUGGCUGCUUUAUUGGGCAUCGGCGAUGGAGUUCUAAUGACGCAGCUCAAUGCUUUACUAGGCAUGCUAUUUAAGCAUGACAUGGAAGGGGCUUUUGCACAGUUAAAGAUAUGGCAAAGCGCUACAAUUGCUAUCGUUUUCUUUGUGGCCCCAUACAUUUCAUUCCAAGCAGUUAUCAUAGUCAUGUUGGUUAUACUGUGCUUGUCAUUCUGCAGUUUUCUAUGGUUGGCUCUUAAGGUGGGGAAUGUAUCAUCACCCUCCACCACUGAGUGAAUAUAAUGUUUCUUUUACAAUCUGUCGUCUUUGUUUUAUGGUAGCAUUGCUUUCAGAUGAUUCAAUUGUAUAGAUGGUGUAAUUUAUUAGUUCAUGUGGCUUUUUGUUA